UUGGGAAUAACCCGCGGCUGCGCGGGUUCCACCCGCCGGGAGGAGCCGCUCCUCCCUCCCAGACCGCGCAUCCCUGCCGGAUCCCGCAUCCUGCGCGCGUCCCGCCCCGCGCACGCGCACGCCACGCUCCCGGUGCCGCGGCGGAGGAGGAGGAAGAAGAGGAGGAAAAGCGGGAGUGAUGGACAGCGCCGGGAAGGAGCGGGAGGCCGUGCAGCUCAUGGCGGAGGCCGAGAAGCGGGUCAAGGGCUCGCACUCCUUCCUGCGGGGGCUCUUCGGGGGCAACACCCGGGUGGAGGAAGCCUGUGAGAUGUACACCAGGGCUGCCAACAUGUUCAAGAUCGCCAAAAACUGGAGYGCGGCAGGAAAUGCCUUUUGCCAGGCGGCCAAGCUGCACAUGCAGCUCCAGAGCAAACACGACUCUGCCACCAGCUUUGUGGAUGCCGGGAAUGCCUACAAAAAAGCGGAUCCGCAAGAGGCCAUCAACUGCUUAAACGCAGCCAUCGAUAUCUACACGGACAUGGGCCGCUUCACCAUCGCUGCCAAGCACCACAUCACCAUCGCCGAGAUCUAUGAGGCCGAGCUGGUGGACAUCGAGAAGGCCAUCGCGCACUACGARCAGGCCGCGGAUUAUUACAAGGGAGAGGAAUCCAACAGCUCAGCCAACAARUGUCUGCUGAAGGUGGCGGCGUACGCGGCACAGCUGGAGCAGUACCAGAAAGCCAUUGAGAUCUAUGAGCAGGUGGGAACAAACACAAUGGAUAACCCUUUGCUCAAGUACAGCGCCAAGGAAUAUUUCUUCAAAGCUGCCCUGUGCCACUUCAUCGUGGAUGAGCUGAAUGCCAAGCUUGCACUGGAGAAAUACGAAGAAAUGUUCCCGGCGUUCACAGAUUCCCGGGAAUGCAAGCUAUUGAAAAAACUGCUGGAAGCCCACGAGGAGCAGAACAGUGAGGCUUACACUGAGGCAGUGAAGGAAUUCGACUCCAUUUCCCGGCUGGAUCAGUGGCUCACCACGAUGCUGCUGCGCAUCAAGAAAACCAUCCAGGGCGAGGGCGACGGGGACCUCAAGUGAUUCCUGCGGGCCCUUCCCGAGGACUUUUCGGGGAUUCCCGACCCAAUCCCGCGCUUUCUUUCGUCGCUUCCCACUCCCACGGCUCUGUGUGUUUCUUUAGCCCCCACUCUGUGGUGCCGCUCCGGGCGGAUCUGAGGUGGGAGAAGGCCUUGGAGCAGAAUUCCUCCUCCUCCUCCUCCUCGGGUUUGGUCCCGCUCAUCCCGGUGCCUGCACUCGCAGCUCCCAGUUUUCCUGCUCUUCCGUUGAUUCCAGCAUGUAAAUAUUUCAUCCAGGCCAGCACAAUACCARUAAGCGCUUCCAGCCCGUUGUGUUCCCAUUUUCCCGUUCUCAAGUGUUGGAUACACUUGGCUUUGGGGGUCUGGAAGUGGUGCUAGCCAGAGGCUUUGGGAAUUGGGAAUAUCCUGCACACCCCCACCACGCCAAAGGCGUUCCAGGAGCGCUGGGAUUGGUGUCAGCCCUAGGUCCUGGUUGGUUUCCAUCUUUCUUGGAUUGAUUCUCCACUUGAUUUCAUGGUACAUUCCAUCCCUCCACUUCCCAAAUUCCCAUUCCCUCCACCGAGGAAGGAUCUAUUUUUGUACCUCUUCCUUCGCGUGUGCUGGGCACGAUCCCUUAAUUCUGACCCCUCAGCUGCACACGGGUGUCGAUCCCAAGGGAGCUUUGCUGGAAUUCAGGUACCAGGGGAGCAAGCAGAGUUUGCUUUGGAAAGGUUGAAAAAUUCCUGCUGGAAUUUAUGGAUSUGUUUUAACCAUGAGUGGCUAAGGAGAGAGGAUUGAGCUGCCUAGUUGUUCAUGGAUGUGUCGGAGGCGUCGGGAACUUGUGCAAUUUAUCACUCUCUGGGAAGAGUGGAAUUCCUUAAGGGCUGUUCCGGAGGGUCCAGGCAGCCCCAGCCCCUUUCCUCUGGAAAAACUGUGGUUUGAAUGUUGGGUUUGGAUAGAGCUUGGCUUAGCUCAUUGGGCUCUGAAGUUCUGAAAACCAAAAAUCCUGAUCCAUGCCAAAUUCUCCUUGGUUUGGUGUUUUCCCACCCUUCCCGAUCUCUUAUUUCCCACAGGUCGUUGUGUCCAUCCCACWCAGAUGGAAAAGCCCAGGCUUGGGAUGCGGGGGGGAGGAUUUCCCAGCUCCAGGCUUGGAAGCACAUGGAGUUCACUCGCGCCCUUUGGAAUGGCUUUGUCUGGUGUCCAGCACUGUCAGAGCUGGGAUGAGGGGAAGCACAGCUCGGGAGGCUCCACUGUUCCCGGUGUUUUUUAGGUUCUGUUGCYGUUCCCCGUGUCAGUGUUGUAGGACAGGAGGAGCAGGAGGGCUGUUACUCCAUCCCCUACACCUGGUAGUUGUGUGUGAGUAGCUCCAGCAUGUCCUCUGCUGUAUCCAUGGUGAGUUGUGACAGUUUCCAGGUGACAAUUCUKCCACUCCCGCUGUAUUCCUGCCCCACUUCCAUCACUCUCUACUUGGAAAACUUAUUUAAGGAAAUGGCCUUAGCAAGAAUAUCAUGUUUGGUGUGACUCUGUACAUGAAUAAAGUGAAAAUCAUGGAUGGAAGAA